ACUCUGUCUUUAGUAAUGUUUUUUUUUUCAAGUUCCAGUAAACAAGGCCCAACUGCACAGGGAGAUUAUUUGGAUAAUCUGUCUUGAAAGUCAACUCUUCGAUGAAAUAAUUCAAACGGCGACGACGACCUCCACGUUUGUUUACGCCUUUGGGUGCCACAGCCAACUCAGAUCCCCUUCUCACUCUGCUCUGCCGUUCAUCUGGCUGUUCCCGGCGUCGUUCUCCUCGCCGGCGAGUUGCCGGGGUCAUGCCACCAGCCACAGCCCAGCUACUCCGCGGCCGGCCGGGCGUCCUCCACGGUAGGUACAUCCCCGUAGCGCAGGCAGAUGGCUACUGCGGCUGCGUUUGCCGGGAAGGCGGUGGCGAUUCCUGCCAUCUCCUUGGUUGGAAAGGCUUUCAGCUACCUCGACAAGUACCACAGAUCUGAAGGCAUGGAGGAGCUGAAGAAGCGGCUUGAGCUGGCCAUGCCAAAUAUUGAGGCCGUGUUCGACGUCGUCAACCCAGACCACGUCAGGGAGGAGAGCCCUGCCCUGGACAAAUGUCUGUGGCAGCUCAGGGCCGCCGUCGAGGAUGCUGAGAACGUCGUUGAUGAGCUCGAGUACUAUGAGCUGGAAGAGAAGGCCGAGGAACGUAAGGUUAUUGAUUGGGGCUCUUCUCUUACUAAGAUGAAGCACAAAGUUGUCAGAUCUGUUAAAAAAGUUAGUAGUUUGGACAAGACCUUGAAGAAUUUUUCUCAACGUGACACUCUCAAGAGACUGAGAAAAGCUGUGGAAGGUUUGGACAGAUCUGCUGCAGGCAUAGCCAAUUUCCUCACUAUCGCAGACCGUCUCAAAAAAUCUGCUUCUGCCAGCCAGCAGCAAGUUGACGCAGAUCGUGAGACAAGCUCUGAAUUGAGUGUAUCUAAAUUUGUUGGGCGAGAAAGGGAGAAGGAGAAGAUCAUUGAGUGGAUAACCAAGACAUCAGUUGAGUCGGCUGAUGGUGUGACAAGAAUCAAUAGUGUACCUAUUAUUUCAGUGGUUGGUCAUGGUGGCAUGGGGAAGACUACUUUGGCUCAGAGCAUAUGUAAAGAAGAUGCAGUGCGGAAUCAUUUCAAGGUCAUCUGGGUCACGGUGUCUACCAACUUUGACGCAACAACGGUGACAAGUAAAAUGCUGGAAUCUGUUACAGGGGUAAAACCAGGUCCUGAUCAUUUGGGACCAUUGCAAAAGAAUCUCAAAGAGGAGCUCAAGUCUAUGAAGUUUUUGUUAGUUUUGGACGAUGUGUGGGAAGAUAAGAAAGAAUCUGAAUGGGCUAAACUAUUUGCUCCUCUCAGGAGUUUGAACAGCGGAAGCAAAAUUUUGCUGACAACCAGAAUGCAAUCGGUGGUAGACACGGCCACAAGCUCAAUGGGAGUUGAAGGAGGUCACUGCUUGACACUACAAGGACUAGAAGAAGAUGAAAAUAUUAAGUUGCUCAAUCACCAUGUAUUUUUCGGGCUGGAUCCGCAAGAUUGUGAACACUUCAAAUCAGCUGGAGAGCAAAUUGCAAGGAAACUAGGAGGAUGCCCCUUGGUAACAAAGGUUGUCGCUGGGCAUUUGAGAGGGAAUAUGAUGAUUGGAUACUGGAACAGGUUCUUGCAUGAAGAACUAAAACAGUUCAGUGGAACCGAAGAGGGUAUCAUGAGGGUUCUCAGAUUAAGCUACUAUAGACUACCAACGGAGCUUCAAAUUUGUUUCCGAUACUGUUGUAUAUUUCCACGGGACUACGAGUUUGAAAAGAAAGAAUUGAUCCAAAUGUGGAUGGGUUCAGGAUUGAUCUCGCAGCGUGCAAGUGAUUCACAAACUUUUGAGGAUAUUGGAGCACAAAUUUUGGUUCAGCUGAAUAAAAGUUCAUUUUUUGAGCUGAAAUCCAGACCGAAUAUUACUAACGGAAGAAAAGAAGAAUACUAUGUAAUGCAUGAUUUGAUGCAUGAUUUAGCAACAGAUGUGUCCUCGGGUGAAUGUGCAAGAGUUGCUCAUGCUUCGUUUUUUGAAGAUGAUAACCGCACUAUCAGACACAUGUGCAUUGCUAAUAUUCACAGCUUUUCUAUUGAAGAGGUCAAAAAAAUCUCCAACUAUAAGUAUUUGCGCACUAUUGUCAUUGAUCAUAGUGAUGCUGAGGUUAAAAAGGAUGUAGUUUGUGAACUUGAAAGAGUUAUUGAAAGCUUGGAGUUCUUGCGUCUCUUGCGGUCAAGACAGAAACAUUAUGAUUGUGGUUUCCACCUCACUGAAAAAUGUGGCAAAUUGAUACACCUUCGCUAUCUCAGUCUGCACCAGAUAUCUCCAGAGGGGAUAUGCGGGGUUACUAGACUGUAUCACUUGAUGCUGUUUUACUGCAAAACUGUUGGGAAUAAAGAAGGAAAAGAAAUGUCACAAAUAAGAUAUUUGGGGAACCUAGAUGGCUUGCGAUAUGUAUCAUAUGGAUUUAAUAAGAACAGCCAUGGUGAAUUUGAUCCUGUGGAAUUCUCUGUUGGCAGACUCACUCAUCUUCAGGAGUUGAAUAACUACCUGGUAAAAGAAAGCAUAGUCAGCAAAUUAAGUGAAGUCAAGAGCUUAAGAACUCUCCGCAGGCUACAAGUAUGCGGGCUUGAGAAAGUCAAGAAUCCGGAAGAAGCUAAGGAUGCCAAGCUGAAUGAAAUUAUUUCUCUCAAUUCUUUGUCACUCAGUUGGUUUGGCGAACAAAACAAUAAGGAUGCGCUAGUUCUUGAACACCUUGAGCCACAUUGUAAUGUUAUGGAAUUGGAAAUUGCUGGAUACACUGGCGUCAAACUUCCAUUUUGGAUUGAGGACCUCACUAUCAAAAACCUGGUGUCACUUGAGUUGCGUGAUUGUUUAAGCUGGGAAGGUCUUCCCUCUCUUGGAAAGCUAGUAUGGCUCAGGCAUAUUAAGUUCCAAAGACUUCUUAAGCUACAACAGAUUGGUCAUUUUUCUAGUAAUACCUCCAUGGAAUUUUUUCUACCUCCAAGGCUUGAAACUCUAGAAGUGCAUGAUUGUCCAAUGUUAAGUGAACUACCUGUUCUACCUCCAAGCUUGGUGCUAUUGAGGAUAUCAAAGGUUGGACUGACCAAACUUCCUAUGAUUGACGGUGGGAGCAGUGAGACUAAGCCAUCACAGUUAGUGAGCAUUGUCGUCGAGAGAUGUGCUCUUCUAACUUCGCUAGAAGGGAGUCUAUUGGAGCAGGAGAUGUACAUGGGAGCUCUCCAGUACUUCAAGAUCGAAAACUGUCGCAAUCUGGAGUCUGGGUCCAUUGCAUUUCAUGGAAUGAAUAGACUUGCAACACUCUGUAUCGCGGAUUGUACCAAGUUUAGCACAAUUGGAACUAUUAAAGGAGAGCUCACUUAUCUCAACCAUCUCCUCAUAAUUGAAUGCUCCGGCCUUGUAUCCCUCCCCUCAGCAGAUGUGUUCAUGAGUUUCAAAUCGCUACGGCAUAUGGUGAUAUAUAGAUGCGAGAAUCUCUUGUGCUUGGGAGGUCUCGGCUCCCUUCCAUCUCUGCAAUACUUACAAAUCGAAUGCUGCAGUCAACUUGUGGAGGUUGGGUCGUCCCUGACUCCACAUGCAUCAUCUAGUGGCGAGGAAGAUCAUCUGGUGCAGAUACACAAACUUCAGGUCGAUCUCCCAUCCAUGCUGCUUGUCGAGCCACUCAAGAGACUCCAUCGAACAAUAGAGUUGGUAAUUACACAUGGGCCACAGAUGGAGAGCUUACCUGAGCAAUGGCUGAUACAGAACCGCCAAUUCCUUCGAUGCAUAAGAAUAUCAGAGGCCAAGUCCUUAAAAUCUCUCCCACUAAGCAUCCGGGAACUCUCCUCGCUGGAAGAGCUCUGUAUUAUGCAAUGCCAUUCAGAACUAUUCAAUGAGAUCAGAGAAAACAACAACUUUGAAUCAUACAUGGCACACACCCGUCGAGUGGCAAUAGUACCAUACUCUCAUGUAAGGGGAGGAGGAUGGUUCUCCAUCAUGGGCAAGGAAUGCGACAUAAGGACUUACGAAAGACUAAGGUUUGAGGAUAUCGAUUUACUUACUUCCUGGGGGAACCAACCAAAUGAUGACGAGGGAGAUGAGACUCCCUCGUCAUCAUUUCCUUCAUCAGAGCCAUGGUGGAGGAAAUACCAGUGUUGUUGGAAGAAUGCUUCUUAGCCUACUGUUGCUCGGCGCCAUCUGAAAGGUCUAGUAGCGGGAUUGAUCGCCCAAGAAUGCGGCCUGCAGUAGAUCUGAGCAACGGCGAAGCCAUCCUUCUGAAUAAGUGGAUCGGGACUCUUCUUCUUAUUUUAUCUUCUUUUAUUUACAAGUGAGAAAGGAGAUCUGGACCUUGUGUUGUUUGUGUGUACGAUGCGAACCAAAGUUUGGCGUAUAAAUAACACUGUACUACUCCCUCCGUUUCUAAAUAUAAGCGCUUUUAGAGAUUUGAA